GCCACGAGGCACACCCUCACAACAGGAGGAUCCAACCCUAUGACUAUCUAACGGGGGGCUCGCCUCUUCCUUGGUGUCUUCACUCAAGAGAGAGAACGGGGUAGCAUGGACAGUGAAGGAGCAAGCCGGGGCUUCGACGCCUUGAUCAUCGCCAUAAGCCAAGCAUAUGAAGGUAGAGGGAAGCGCUGGUACACGUCUACGCUGGAGCUACGGCUGGCGUCGCUGGAGACCUGCAGGGCGUGCAGAAGAGUCCCGACGAUACACGUCCGUGUUGAUGCCAACACGCCUCCUAGCUUGUGGUCUCCGCAUGCGAUGCCAACGAGGGCGCACACGCGCAGCUCGAAGACCCGUGCGAUGCAAACGAGGGCGCACACCCGCAGCUCGAACACCCGUGGGAUGCAAAGCAGGGCGCACGCACACAGCUCGAAGGCCCGUAUUUCGAGUCGUGUGCCGGUCGGGCAGGCUCUUGGGUUGACUUGGGCGCUUCCCACAGAAAUCCUUUUGCAGGGUGUCGCUGUGGAGUUGUGGACAAAGUUGGAGUUUCUGCAGCUGAGGGAAUCUUUGUCGCCAUCGGACCUAGUGUCGGUGGCUUGGCCCCAGAAUCUAAAACGGCUGGCUUUGGAAACAGGCUUCGAAGCGGCUAUAAGCGCAGGGUCGUGGCCAGCUUCCUUGGAAAGUGUGACGCUUGGAAAUGCUUUCAACCAGGCAAUCGCUGGAGCAGUGUGGGGGGAAUCGCUCCUACAGAUAACAUUCGGCGCUCGGUUCGACCAGCCUGUGGUCAGCGUCGUUUGGCCGGGCUCCCUGCAAGAGAUUUCGUUUGGUCGUGAUUUCAACCAAGACAUCACCGAGGUCACGUGGCCGACCUCCCUGCGUAAAGCUGCUUUUGGGGAUUUUUUCAACCAACCGAUUGCUGAAGUCGUGUGGCCGGCCUCCCUGCAGCGGCUGUCGUUCGGUACUCGAUUCAACAAGCCCAUCGCCGGAAUCUUGUGGCCGGCAUCCCUGCAGCACUUGUCCUUCGGUCGUGACUUCAACCAACCCAUCACCGAAGUCGUGUGGCCGGCCUCCCUGCGGCGGUUAUCGUUCAGCGCUCGGUUCAACCAGCCAGUAGCUGGAAUCGUGUGGCCGCGCCCGUUGAAGGAAAUAUCGUUCGGUCGUGACUUCAACCAACCAGUUGCCGCCGUUGUGUGGCCGGCGUCCCUGCAGCGGUUAUCGUUCGGGUCAUUUUUCAACCAGCCCAUCGACCGAGCCCUGUGGCCGCGUUCCUUGCAGCAACUAUCAUUCGGGUAUUGGUUCAACCAACCAAUAUCGGCCGUUGUUUGGCCGGACUCUCUGCAGCACCUGGUGUUUUGGUCAACGUUCAACCAACCUAUUCACAGAGUCAAGUGGCCGGUCUCGUUGAAGGAUCUAACGUUCGGUCGUGACUUCAACCAAUCCAUCACUGGAGUCGUGUGGCCGGCCUCCUUGCAGCGGCUAUCGUUCGGGUCAAGAUUCAAUCAGCCCAUCGCCAGAGUCUCGUGGCCGUCCUCCCUACAGGAGCUGUCGUUCGCUUCUUGGUUCACCCAACCCAUCGCCGCUAUUGUGUGGCCGGCCUCCCUGCAGCAGCUGUCGUUUGGGUCAACCCGUGCGACAAACCCAUCGCUGGAUGCGUCGUCUUUGAACGAGGCGGAAUUCAUGUUGUAGAUCAGGCCGGCUUUCGAAGUUUCAUGAAUCUCAUGGCACAGGUGGACCCAUGAGGGAGUUUCUUUGAUUAUAUUUAUUUAUUUUUGUAGGGUGCCAUCCACCUUCUAAAAGAAAUGUAAAGUGGAGGACCGAUAUCGAAAGAAUUUGACAAAUGCUGUGUUCAGUUCGCCGACAGCUCCAUAGACGAUUCAAGCCUCUACCGUGCAUACCAGGUGUUGAGAAUUAUGUGUAGCGUUUCCUGCGCGUAAGUUAAUCAGUGCUGUUCUGUGACACCGAGGAACGAACGAAGACAGGGGCGUGCGGGGGAGGGAGCAUUUUGCUGGAAAUUUAUAUGGUGUUUCAAACCACUCACUCAAACAUCCUUUUAACACUAGACAAGCUCUGUGCGCACGCCUCCCAGCAACAUGCAGCAAUGCCUGAUGGCGGAUCUCUUGCGCGGCGGACCCCCGUCGACACGAUUGGAACUUGACUGACUGACGACUCCUUUCGCUCCUUGCUCAAGUUUCCUUUGGUCUUGUUUGCGCUGAAUAUUGUCUGCCCAGAUGUACACAUUAUGGGGCCUUUCAGGGAAAAAAUAGGGGGAACAGGCUUCGUUUUGUCGUGCAGUGUUUGGGCCAGGAGUCAUAAUGAUUCAGGAGGAUAAAUAGAUGUUCGCAUAUUGAUGUUAAGGAAUAUAGAAUACUUAACAAAAUCCUUGGAGUUUUAGUCCACAGGACUAUGCGGGGCCAAUAGCAGGCGGUAUGAAGAAAGUCGGAGUAACGAGGAUGAUCAAUGACUGGUUUGUAGCACAGCCUUUUUGCGAGGCUUUGAUUCAGAGAUGGAUGAGAUUGGGACUGUUCGCGUGCAAUGAGAGGGGUUGGGACAUGAUUUAGCCAUCUAACAAACUUGAUCCCGAUGAUCACGAUACGGAAACAUGGUGGUGCUUGGCCCUAGUCUCUGUGCAAGAGAGUGUGUUUUCACCGCACGAUUUGAAGGGCCUCUUGGUCGCCCUCCACCAUAUCGAACCGACGUUUCGGCGAGGUUGUGGGAGUUAGGGUUACGGCUACAUUGGCGUGAAUUCACACAAGAUCAAUGAUCCUGUGUUGUCAUGGCAAGACGAUACAAGUACACCCGGGAGUUGUGUGAAGGUGCCAUGAACGUCUUCGUCUCGUUUGGCAGGUAGAUGGUCGGGAAACAAGCUUGUCAUGAGUCACCGACGCCCCGAACGUAUAACCGCCGCCCCCCAAAGCGUGUACCGCAAAGGGAUGUCAACAUAAAUGGACAGAAGCUACACGCCAUCUAUCGUACCAUUUGUUUGCUCUCUUGAUCAAAAUUGGGCUGAGCUGGACGGGAAAGACCAGGCUUCAUCUGCACAAUCCGGGAUUUGCGGGAGUGAGAAACGAAUAUAUCCAAAUCACGUUGAGAUUAAACGCCCUUUCGUCCGGUUGACCUUCACGGAGUUUUCCCAGUAACGCAGAUGAUGGGCGUGAUAACGGCGGUGAUUCCAUGAUUGUCCGGCACACCCUCGACACAAUUGUAAAGCGUUUCCCACGCAUGCAGUGUUCGGUUUAGGUACACCCAUCCACCACCGUGUUUUGUUUUGGUCUAUUCCAGCCGCAAUGCACCCAAACGAAACCUUCGACAACCAUAGACUACAACGGACGGCGGCGGGCUGAAAAUAUGCGACCUCGAUCCUUCCCCAGCAUCGGCUAUUGAAUAAAUAUUGAAGGCGAGACUGCAGUUAUGUUAUUGUUCCGAACCCCGAAAUUCCGGUACUCGGGCCAUUACCCCGAGAACCCUCGGAAGCUGUCGUGUUUUUUUGUUCCUUGUUUCUCUGUUUUUGUUUUGUUGUUGAGAUGAGACACAAGCGCGCCUUCGCCCCUUGUGCUCACUCUCAUCUAGCACCCAUCAAAGCCUGACCAGGGAGUCAGUUGAUAAGAAAAUCUAUCUACAUUUCUCUUUCCAGAGCUCGCUCGGGCCUACCGAUCUCACAGCAGUGUAGACCAACCUCUGUGAUAGAGCGGUGACAGCAGUGUAACCUCUGUGGUAGACUACAAAGUCUACGAGCUACAGCGGCACCGCCACCUCCGCUGCUGCAAGACGCCACAUUCUGUGAGGUUAUGAGCCUCGCUUUACGCGAACACUAGGAGCUGCGGACGUCACGACGGAGGUCAAGACAUCCUACUACUGCUGUGGACUACAACAUCCGUCUGUGGACUUCGAGCGGAAAUCUGGAUUCGGAGAUUUGGGAGAUCAUCAACGGUCAGCGGAAACG